CGAGUCGCUUCACCGCAGCUCCAAGGCAACCUUGGCCGCCUCUCAAUGACGUCAACGAAGGAACAACAACAAUAACAACAACGAAAUCAGCUGCGGCUUUGUCAGGGGGCUGCAAACGAGCUGUAUGCGUUAAUUACCUAUGGCGAAUCGGCACAGACCUGAAGGCGAAGAUGCUGCGGAGGCGAGCCUGGAGGGCAGACGUGCAAAGGCAAGUUGCGCGCAAACAGCGGGGACAGCUGAGGCGAUGGCCGGCCGAAGCAUCCAGCAGUCCGCUGGUGGCCGACAGCCCGGAGGUACAAGUCUGCUCAGUCGCAUCGCAGACCUGAUUACCUGGAAGAGACCGCUGUAUAGCACGGUGCUGUUCAUCGCCACUAAUUCAAUCUUUUGGUUUGUGGCGCUUGGCUCCUGGAGGGUGUACUUCGUGCUGGCCGUGUGUUUGAUAGGCUUGGUGACAGUGCAGACAAUAAGGGAUAUAAUGGCCUUCAGAAACAGAGGGGCCCAUUUAUGGCACAGUAUGACUGAGAGCUGGGAGGUCAUUGACACCAGCCAAGAGAGUCGAGCAGGGGCCAACCAGUUCACAGACUCCUGGAUUAGCUGCAAGCUGUUCCUGCAGGAAAUGUCCUCCUUCAAGCAGCAGAAUCCUGGCAAGUUCUGCCUGCUGGUCUGCAGCCUCUGCACUUGUUUCGCCAUCCUGGGACGCUACAUUCCAGGAAUUAUAAUUUCGUACAUAGCAGUGCUGGGCGUCUUCCUCUGGCCACUGUUGUCUUCUCAUGAGUUCGGGGUGUGGGUGGAGCCAGUUCUGCAGAAGCUGGAUUUCGGAGUGUGCGACUUCCUUCAGAGAAUGCGAGAGAACCAUGAAAAAAGAAUUCUGCAAAGCCAAGAGGAAGGCAGUGAGACAGACCUAUCAUCACUUUUUCCCAAGCUGGAUUCAGCCGCUUGCAGAGAGCACUCAAUAUCAGACACCGAGGUCUCUGAGGUGACCUGGACAGAGAAUGGCACCUUCAGCCUGUCAGAGGGGCACACUCCCCAGACCGAGGACUCCGAAGAUCUGGAUCGCCACAGUGACCACGACGAGGUGUUCGCGGGCGGACUCCCUGAGUUCCCGUCGGUGGACAACGGCACCGGGACCAAUGGCGACGAUGACGAGCUGAGCUUCAGCCUGCCCGCCCCACCGCCGCCCCCGCCGCCCCCCGUCCCGCAGGAGGCUCCUGGGCCCCUGACGCUGGAGCUGGUCCACAGGAUGGCUGGGGAUGUGAUAGCGGCGGCAGUGACGGCGGCCAUCCAGGAGCAGAUAGAGGCCCACACCGCCCCCCCGCGGCCUGUGCCCCCCUCCAAACAGCCCCUGGACAUCACCGAGGACUCGGAGAGCGAGGCAGAGGACUUUGAGCUGCUGGACCAGUCGGAGCUGGAGCAGCUGGAAGGCGACCUGGGCCUGGAGAGAGCAGCCCGGGAGGCAGCGGCCAAGCCAAGCAAACCCUCCUUCUUCUCCAGACUGCUGGGGCGCCAUUGAUAAUGAGGCUGUGGGUGGAGCCCUGGAGCCAGGAGGGCCCCUAUACAAGGAGGACUGCGAGGGUCGACCAGGAGAGGUCAAGAGAAAAAACAAACACACAAACAAAUAAAAUGGUAUUCCUUACUUUGUUUCUAAUAGAGCUAAAUCAUCCCGAAAUAAACUGUCAACGUUUAGACGCAGGGUCAUCCUUUGGAUGGACAAGAAGGAGGGGCUGGUUUGGAUGAUGAUAGUGCGAGAACGUUCCAGAAGGAGGCCGUGACUUCCUGAGAGCUACCACCUGCUGAAACCUGUUGUACUAUACCCAUCUGUUAACAAGUAGCAUGACUUGGAAUAAUUUUACUGGUGUACCUGUCAGAGGGCUGAAUUGUGAGCUUCCUGUUUUACUGCCAAUGGUUAGGACCAGCUACACAUCUUGGCACGUUAGCUGACGUUGGCUGGUCCACUCAACUUCACCAUACCCACGCAAAGAGAGAGGAAAGGCCAAAACCCAGCAAGGCUGCCUUCUCUUCAGACAAAAUGACAGUUGAUGGACACUUAAACCGAGACAGCUCUGUUUGGACAUGUCUGUGAACACAGACUUGAUUCUUUGCAAGAUGUCAGCUCCAAAGUAACGUGUCCAUGUCCAGAAUGGAGUAGCCCACAAGAGAAUGGAUCACAAUUACACUCAGCAAGGCUGCAUUGUCAAAGAAUAUUCCACGCCUCCUUUUUCU